UAGUCAUACAUUUCGUAUUCAUCCUUGGAAAGGUUUUUUUUAUAACACAGAGAGAGAAUAAGUUUAUUAAGAGGACAGUUCAUGCAUACUUCUACGCAAUUUGCUGUUAAAACUAUGAAAGCAUGGCGAAUCACAGAUAGACGCAUUUACAGGUAGAGACAUAAGAGAAGCCGUCGGUGUGCUUUUCAUCAAUACAUCCUGAAGCGGUAUAAGAGGGUCUGCACAUCACUCUUAGAUGGAUCAGAAGGACAACGGGACCAGGGGUAUUCAAACAGGAACCCAAACUCACAAUCCACGCAACUAGACCAACUUUUCUAAAAGGCACGGUGUGGAGCGCGUAAAACGCACGAAAAGGGGAAACAGCAAUUUGCGCGGACAACAGCUACUCUACAGUUGCAAUUAUAAUUUAUGUAAAAGCUGAAAGGGGAGUGAAGUGACUGGUGAAGUGUUUCUUGAAGAUCCCUCGACUUCUGCGAGCUGAUUUGAGCAAAGAGUUCUCCCAUGAGGCUGGAAGGUGCCAGAAUGGACUUAAUCAAAAAAAUAUGGACGGCUCGGAAACUCAUUCUCGUGGUCAUGAUUCCUUUAUCCCUGCUGCCUCUGCCUCUCAUCCACCCGUGCAGUGAAUCAUCAUGUGCUUAUGUCCUGAUUGUGACAGCGAUAUAUUGGGUAUCUGAAGCUGUGCCGCUGGGAGCCGCUGCACUGGUGCCAGCCUUCCUGUACCCGAUGUUCGGGGUCCUAAAAUCCAGUGAGGUGGCCUCUGAAUAUUUUAAGGACACCACCCUGUUGCUGAUGGGGGUCAUAUGUUUGGCCGCAUCCAUCGAGAAGUGGAACCUGCAUAAACGCAUCGCCCUCCGGAUGGUCAUGAUCGCUGGGGCCAAACCUGGCAUGCUGGUGUUAGGGUUCAUGUGCUGCACGGUUUUUCUCUCCAUGUGGCUGAGCAACACGUCCACCACGGCCAUGGUGAUGCCGAUCGCUGACGCUGUGCUACAGCAACUUAUCUGCACUGGAAUCGCCGAUUCCCUCGAUGACUCAGGGACCAUAGAUACACAGGACGAGGAGAGCGGCAAAGAGGAAAACCAAACAUCAAGCAAUAAUCACCUUCAGCUGCAUAACCGCAAAGACAAUGAAAAACAUGAAGUCUGUAUGCUGAGUGAGGAGUUGAAUGGUCUAACAUUAAAGCCUGGUUUCGGCCCAGAGUUUUCUAAAGAAUCAAAUGGAUAUCUGCCAGAGGCUCCAAUUAGCGUUCCUGUGCCAAAGAAACCCAAAAUCCGAAGGGAUUCGCUGUACCCCACCAAGAGAGACCACUUGAUCUGCAAGUGCCUGACACUGAGCAUCACGUAUGCGGCCACCAUCGGAGGUCUCAUCACCAUAACCGGCACGUCCACCAACCUCAUAUUUGCCGAACAAUUCAACAAUCGUUACCCUGAAGCAAAAGUCAUCAACUUUGGCACCUGGUUCAUCUUCAGUUUGCCGAUCGCUCUGAUCAUGCUGAUACUCACCUGGAUCUGGCUGCACUUUUUAUUUCUGGGAUGCAAUUUCAGAGAGACUUGCUCUCUCAGCAAGAAACGCAAAACCAGGCGAGAAAUCCUCUCUGAGAAACGCAUCCAUGAGGAGUACCAGAAACUCGGCCCCAUUAGCUAUCCUGAAGUCGUGACAGGCAUCUUUUUUGUUCUGAUGACCGUACUUUGGUUCACAAGGGAGCCGGGUUUUGUCCCUGGCUGGACGUCACUUUUUGAGAAGAAGGGCUACAGGACUGAUGCCACGGUGUCUGUGCUGCUCGGCUUCCUCCUCUUCCUCAUCCCCGCUCGAAAGCCUUGGCCAUCUGCAUUCUCCAGCGAGAGCAAAGGUGAUGAUGACGAGGAGGAGGAGGAGGACCCUCUGGCCCCUAUGAUCACGUGGAAAGACUUCCAGAGACUAAUGCCGUGGGAAAUUGUUAUUCUGGUUGGAGGAGGAUAUGCACUGGCUGCCGGAUGCAAGGUGUCUGGGCUCUCCAUGUGGAUCGGUCGGCAGCUGGAGCCAAUGAGUGGUCUUCCUCCCUGGGCCGUCACGCUGCUGGCGUGUCUACUCGUGUCCGCCGUCACUGAGUUCGCCAGCAACCCCGCCACGCUCACAGUGUUUCUGCCCAUCCUCUCCGCCUUGUCAGAGACGCUGCACAUCAACCCUCUACACACGCUCAUCCCUGCCACCAUGUGCGUGUCCUUCGGUGUCAUGCUGCCUGUUGGAAACCCGCCGAACGCCAUUGUGUUCAGUUAUGGACACGUGCAGAUCAGCGACAUGGUCAAGGCUGGGUUCGGAGUGAAUCUGAUUGGAGUUUUUGUGGUCAUGUUGGCCAUAAUGACAUGGGGAGAGCCUCUCUUCCACCUGAGCGAGUUCCCCAACUGGGCAGUGAUGCGUAACGUCACGGGCAGCUUGUAGCUGGAGGUGGACGGCAGAGGCGUGAGUGUUUGACAUGUAGGGACUGAGGACACUGGAUAUACACUGAAGGAGGCAUAUAAACGUGAUUAAGGCCUUAUUUUCCCCCCAUCCGUGGAGUAAGAGAAUAUCCGUGACACCUCCUUCGGAGGAUGCAGAACUGCUCACUGUGACUGAAUGAACGGCACAAACGGUGGAAACUAUUCUUACACUUCUAUAUCAAUGUUGCCUUAAAGUAUUAGGCGUAGAUUACAGCUGAACGCACAAGUUUACGUGCCUACAAAACACAAUCGGCAAUGCUUGUGUGUGCCCACUGAAUGUAACAUGUCUGUAUGCUUUUUUUUCUGAUGUCUAACAAAUGUUGUGAUACAUUUGCGUUAUUUACUUGAGAGGUUUGAGGGAGAUUCUGCACCAGCUGAAGUCGCUGCUGAAAUCAGACAUAGAAUCUAACAUGCUCUUACCAAAAUGUUACAUAGCUUAUGUGGUCAGGUUAUAGAAGAUUAUUUCAAAUCCUUUGUUAUUCUCAUAAUCUUAAGUUGAAUAAACCUUUGUGCUUUUUGAAGGUGGCCAUUAAAGGGAUAGUUCACCCAGAAAUGAAAAUCUGUUAUCAUUUACUCACCCUCAAGUUGUUCUAAACCUGUACGAGUUUCUUUGUUCUGUGGAAAUGAAAAGAUGAUAUUUUUGUAACCAAACAGUUUCUGGUCCCCAUUGACUUCUAUAAUGUAUUUUUUUAAAUAAGUCAAUGGUAUGGAAACUUGUUUCCACCACUUAAUAAAAAAUAAAAAAGGUAAUUGCGACUUUUUAUAUCACAAUUCUGACUUUUUUCUUGCAAUUUUGAGAUAUAAACUAUAACAAUGACGAGUUAUAAAGUCCAAUUCUGAGGGAAAAUACUUUUUUUCAGAAUUGCAACUUUAUAUCUCACAAUUCCGACUUUAUAUCUCGCAAUUUUGACUUUAUAACUCUCAAUUCUGACUUUAUAUCUCGCAAUUUUGACUUUAUAACUCUCAAUUCUGACUUUAUAUCUCGCAAUUUUGACUUUAUAACUCUCAAUUCUGACUUUAUAACCCGCAAUUCCGACUUUCUAACUCGCAAUUUUGACUUUAUAACCCGCAAUUCUGACUUUCUAACUCACAAUUCUGACUUUAUAACUCGCAACUGCGAUUUUAUAACUCACAAUUCUGACUUUAUAUCUCACAAUUCUGACUUUAUAACUCAAUUCCAACUUUAUAACCCGCAAUUCCGACUUUCUAACUCGCAAUUUUGACUUUAUAACCCGCAAUUCUGACUUUCUAACUCACAAUUCUGACUUUAUAACUCGCAACUGCGAUUUUAUAACUCACAAUUCUGACUUUAUAUCUCACAAUUCUGACUUUAUAACUCAAUUCCAACUUUAUAACUCGCAAUUCUGACUUUAUAACUCACAAUUGCGACUUUAUAUCACGCAAUUCUGACUUUGACUCGCAAUUGCGAGUUUAUAUCACGCAUUUCUGAGAAAAAAAGUCAGAACUGAGAGAUAAAAAGUCGCAAUUAUUCCUUUUUUAUUUUCAUUCAGUGGCGGAAACAAGCUUCCAUACAAUGGGGAUCAGCAGCUGUCUGGUUACCCACAUUCUUCAAAAUAUCUUCUUUUGUGUUCAACAGAACAAAGAAACUUAUACAGGUUUAGAACAACUUGAGGGUGAGUAAAUGAUGAAAGAACUUAGAUUUUUAGGUGAACUAUCCCUUUAAUCGUUGUACAUACAUGAAACAAACAUUUUGUUAUUGUCGGCCACCCAUUGUUGGCUUAGUCACGAGCGAAUCAUUGUAAUAUUUUCUGUGAUCGAUUUAUUUCACAUGACAUCUCUGAAACAUAAUAAAACACUGUAUUUUUGGUUCAUUUA